CUACAGCACUGGUUCAUUCACACUGGAUGAUAAAGAAAAGUUAAGAAAUGGCGCCAUUUUGUGGCCAUAUCUUUGAACUGCACUCCUCCAGUGCUAAGUCCCGCCCCUGUGUAGCCUCACAACCAAUCACAACUCAGUAUUUGGCUUCAGUUGGUCCAGGGGUAAUUUGCCCUGAGAUUUGCCUGUCAGGUAACACUACCCAAAACAACUCCACAAAUAAUAUGAUUAUAUUCACACUAAAGUUAAAAAUGGUUAACAGUAGGGUAGAGGCUGCUGUUGUAAUAGGAGCAAGAUUUGUACAUGGUCUUUUAGAGGGAAAAAAAAAUGCCUGAAAUACGAAACCCAGGACUAAUAUUUGCCCGGAGUGUUUUGCUUCGGUUGACUACUCGGCUGUUUAAAUCAGUGCCACACGCUACAAGACGUAAUUAGCCUUAUAAAUAUUAAAACUUCGGUUUUCUUGGCAGAAAUUUACUAAUGUGACUCCUCCGGAAGUAAGGUAUCAGUACUACGUAGCUGUAAGACGUCUAAAUGUAGGAGGUUUGCGUUUGUUUUGGUGUCUAAGUCCAGAGUAAGUGAUGGGCACGAUGACCAACUUUUGAAACUGGCACUGACUGUUAGCUAGCUUCACGUUACAGUUACCAACCGUCCUCUGCGACGUUACUCCGUUAGUCGGUAAGUUCAGCAGUUAACAAAGGCUUGAAAGUGUUUGGGGAAACCUCAGUGACCUGUUAACUGUCGGAGGUGGUUUGUUGUGGUGUGUGUGCCAUGGUGACACGGGGGUGGGUCCUGUCUUUAAGUUUUGCGGUUUUCAAGGCAACCGACCCCCGCUGCUGCUGCUGCUGCUGCUGUGAAGCCUGCAGGAGAAAUCUCUGCAGUGUUUUGGAAAUCCUUCCCCCUGAAUCGACGAAAUACAUGCACCCAUGAUAAUAUGAGUUGCUGCAUCCAAAGAGAUUUCCUCUUCCUUAUCACUGACGACCCACCCAUCACUUUUCCUUAGCUGCACCUCUGUGGAUUGUUACCAGCCUACUGACAUGGCCUACAAUCAGUGACCUUCUGUAGGCAUGGCUUUUAAAGUGGACCUUGCGGCAGAGCCAGAUCAACAAGAAAAGAUGCAGAAGGUUCUUGUGCCUGGUUGAGACAGUAACUGAAGUCAGAGCUGAGACCUGAAGGAGGCACCAAUUGGCUGAUAGGUGAAUGGAGACGAGAAAGAACACCACAGCAGGGGUUCUUUUCUGGACCCCUGCCCCAGUCCGCACCUCACGUACGAGCUCAGUAGUAUCUGAGGACGCGUGGGAGGAUGAGGAUGAAGACCAGGCAGAGAAGAAAGAUGACUUUGUUAGCCAGAUGGAUGAGAAUGGCAUCAUUGGACUGUCGGAAGCACUGGAGGAUGUGGAAUUAGGGGAAUCUUGUAAUCCUAACUUGUACCCUGGACCCCUCACCACAGAGGAGGCAGAAUCAAGUGGACAUGAGAGGGAUACACCUGAGGAGCUGAGUUACAACCUGAGUCAACGUCUGUCCCAUGCCGAAUCACCUAGAGAGAAUGUACAGUCACCAUUUGAGGACUUAUUGGAGAGCUUCAAAGCACGGACAGUGAAUGAGGAGGUGAGGCAGAGGAAAGAGGAGCAGGGGACAGAGUGUGUCUCUGAGUGGGACAAAUGCUUGGUCAUGCCAGAGGAGGAGAAAGAUGGAGAGGAAGCAGGGAAUAUGAGUGACAGGAAGAGAAAGAAAAAUAAUCACACUAGCACACCAAGAAAGCUUGAAACGACGAAUGACUUGACUGAGAGCUACAUUUCCAAAGGAGAGAUCAAGAAAAUCAGCCCUACUCAGUCUUCUAGUGUUCAUCUCUUAGCCAUGGAACCUGCUAGAGUCUCCAGGCAUCACUGCCCAAUAUCCCAACCUGCCUCACCUGUCACAGCUCCCACUUUCCCCCACCUUCUCCACUUCACUCCUGAGGAAAUAGCCACAGCUCCGGGGAUUGACGCUGAAACCUUGCCAGAGAUAAGCCUCACAGAAAGUCCCCCAGCAUCACACAGGAGCCACAUACCGGUAAGCGUCAAGUCCAGAUAUCAUUGUCCCGAGGUACAGCUCAGGGCUUCUCCUCAACCAGCAGCCAUAUUUCCUGAAGAAGUCAUGUCCAGUCAUUACAGCGCUGUAAGUGAUGGGCCUUUAAAGGGAUCAGAGAAGUCUGAUAAGCCUCAUAAAAAGCCUACUCCCUCACCAAGGAAGAUGAGGCAGCCCUCUCCUGAAGCUGCAUGUUCAAGGACUCGCUCCCUCAGCACAGUCAGGGCAGACAUUUUAAAAUUCAAACAUCAGACCACAAGUCCUGACAGAGAGUCGAGGACACUGAGAGCUAGGAGUGAUGCUGCUGAAGUCGAUGAAUCCAGAAAAGGGCCUCUGAGUUACCCCACGCCAGACUUCUCCAAGGUGGAGCCCAGGGUCCGUUUCCCUAAAGGUGGCUACAAGCCCCCUAAGAGCAGACGCUCAUCAAACAGGGAGUCCCUGUCACCUGAGCCCCCCUUCGUGUUUAAAUCCCCUGCUGACAUUGUGAAAGAAGUCCUGCUGAACACCACAGAUGGGUCUCCUGCUUCAUCAGACUCGGACAAAACACCAGUCAGUGCCCUCAACGCCACUGUGCCUCAGGAGUUCAGAUGCCGCCAGCAGGCCACCGUACUGCUCGAACAACUAGAGGAGAACUACUACAGGCUGCUGACUGAGUACGCUGAGGCGAAGAACACCAUUGAUCGCCUGCGUCUGGAAGCCAAGGUGAACUUGUACUCUGACCCUCCAAAGCCUGGCCACUUGGUGCAGUCAGGAUUGAACCAGGACACCUCAAAGCUCAUGAUGCUGAAUUUUCCUCAGGCUCAGAGAGCAGAGAUCAACUCGGCCUCUCCUCAUCCAAACGGACACAGCACUCAUCAGGGAAGUUCACCUGCCCAUUCCACAAGAAGCCCGGACCCUCAGGUGGGACAGAAACUGGUCAAGAUCCUCUACAACCAGGCUGGCAAGUUCCUCCAGCAGCUGCAGACGACUGAGGAUCUCCUAAAGAGCAAAAAACUAAAACCUGUUGACCUGAUAAAGGAUCUCUCGCUGAUGUCUGAGGGGCUCGACUCUUUAGAAAGGGGCUUCCUGUUAGCAAGAGAUGAGCACAAACUCCUGCAGCACCAACAUGCAGCAAUCAGCCACUUUGACCCUGAGCGGGAGCUGGAGGGGCAGAUCUUUCAGUGUGGGCUGCGUAUGGACGAGCUGAAGGAGCAGGUGGAACAGAUGCAACAAGAGCAGCCCACCUGCGAGGCUCCUCCCUCUCCUUCUCCUCACCCCACCUCUUCAUCUGUCCCCUCUGAGGGGGGAGAAACUCUGACUUGCCCACAGAGCCCACCUGUGCCUUUGCUGGUUGAUCCAGGAGAGGCUGCGGCAGUGGAGGUGAGCUCAGCCAGUGAAGAGAGUGAUGAAGAGGAGGAAACUUUGAAUUCUCUCUACCUCAAACCUCUGAGUGACAAAUGCAGACAUGUUGAGCAAGACUUUGCCGCACUAAUGGAUCACUACCAAAGCUUCAAGGAACUUCCCAAACUUUUAGACCAUAACCAGAAGGAAGGAGCUCUUUCUGCUGCCUUAAGAGGAGACAUGCGGCCUGGGGACGAGGAGAAAGAGAGGCAGGGCAAAGAAACUGAAAACCUGAAAGUCCAGAAAAUUCUUCCACACAGCAAAGACAAAUCAUACCAUCAGGAUUCUCCUCAUGCUCACACCAGCAAACAGCACACCAACAGGUCCAGUCCUCCUUCACACAGGGCAUCCAGCCCGUCCACCACACUCCCUCUUCAUCGUCCCAGUAGCAGAAAGAGGUUAGAGGUGGGAAAGUCCCACAGCAGCAGUCUGAGCAGUCUGGGAGAGAUCACUGCACUGGACAGGAGGAACUCUAAACUCCAAACUGGGAGCAGCAGAGUGCUUUCUCAGGAUGGCAUCAUCUCUCCGGAGACGGACAGUGGGUUUGUUUGCUCAGAGAGCAGCCGUCUGACUCCUGCAGCAGCUCCCAGUCCUCUCCACCAGAGGGCCUCAGAGAGUGUUUCAGUGCCUCAGGAGGGGAACCCAGGGAAUCCUCAGACAGGCGCAGUCUCAGAACCAUCUCCUGCUUCCUCACCGUCACAGAGUCGCACGGCUAUGGAGCCCAGAAGGGGCCCACGGCUAAGCCACGACCAGCCAAAGAGAACCAGACAGGGGCAGAGGAGACGCACCUUCUCCUGCUCUCCACAGCGCUGGGCCAGGCAGACAGAACAAACUGCCGCUGACAGUGGGACCAGUGAGUUUGGGCUGGAGAGUGACAGCUCUCACACUGUGUCUGAGGAGGGACAGAAUGACCAGUACACCCUCCACAGCUCCAGCCCAAGCUCCUCCCCUGCACGGUAUCACCAUGGCGAUUCUCCCAAAGCUCUGAGCUCUAGUCAUUCAGCGAAUCGCGAUGAUGCAAUCCAGACGCUGCAGGCCGAGGUGACCAGACUGAGGGAGAGUUUAGAAAGCUGUCUGAGAAAUAGGAAGCCUUUGAGCUCUGUGAGAGCAGCUCCCUCAGCUCAGGAGAACCACACUCACCACAACACCUUUACACCUCACAUCAGGCUUGGGGAGCGAUGGCCUAAUAUCAGCAGGGAUAGAAGAGACAGACAGACGGUUGAUGAGGUAGAGGAGGCCAUGCCAAGACGAACAACCAGGAAGAGAUCAUCUUCUGCACACAGACAGAAACCUCAACCUGAUAUCUUGACAGGUUCAGAGCCCUCUGCACCCCAGCCUAAGCCUCUGAUGUCCAGGUCUACCCAAACAUCCACUGCAGCACCAGACAGCUGCCGUUCACGCACAAAUAAGGGCCACAGCAGAACCCACCCCAGUAAGAACUUCCAUCCCUGUCCUAUCCACUGA